UAAAUAAAUAAAUAAAUAGUUUUACUGUUUUGAGGGGAUUUUUUCCCAGAUUAUUAAAUAUAAGCUUGUUUAUAACAGCUAACUACGUGCUCACUGGUUUUUAAUGAGCUGUUCACAGUUUAUAAAGCGGUUAUAAUGUUUCUUGUUCAGAAAAUGUCGCCAAAUGAAUAAUUAACGACGAACUGAGUGGAUCAAUAGYAGAAAUCAGCUGAACCCGUUCACCCAGCCCUCCUCCCCUCGCCCUUCCAGCUGCGGCCGCUCUGCGCAUGCGCCUYGCUCCUCCCGGAGUUUCGGCCUGUUCCGCCGCCGCUCGGUCAUUUUCGCCUCUUUGUUACACUGAUAGUGGAUUUAACUCGGAUUCAACCCAAACAUCCAGCGGACCGCGCGGCUCUCCGAACAGGCUUUGAUGAGAGGCUCUCCACGAUGAGCAGCUAACGCUGUCGGACACACGACCAGAAGUGACGUGGCUGCUGCUCCACCCACAGUCCACGCAUGGCGGUUUUAGGGAACCCCGACAUGCUGACGAGGAAGAUCAAGCUGUGUCACAUCAAUGCCCACAUCACGUGCCGGCUGUGCGAGGGCUACCUGAUCGACGCCACCACCGUCACCGAGUGCUUACACACCUCCAUGACAGAACAAUGCAGGACAUCGUCUACAAACUGGUACCGGGACUUCAAGAGGCGGAGAUAAAGAAGCAGAGGGAAUUCUACCAGAAGUUGGGCAUGGAGGUUCCCGGGGACAUAAAGGGAGAACUGUGCAACAUGAAGACGCAUCUAGAGCAACGAAACGCUCCUGCUUCAUUACAGACCCAAGAUGGACCUGCUGUAGCUACAAACGGACACGAUGGUUGUUUUAUUCUGAUUCCUUUCUGUCGGCUCGAAGGAGGCGGACUGCGCCGAAACGUAACGUUUAUCGAGGUUUUUUUAUUUUUAAUUUUUAAAUUUCUUUUUAUUUAUGCAAAGACUAUCAACCAACACCAAGCAAACAUGARACGGUCAACAAAAAGCCAGCAAAUCAUUAUCUAACAGGAGAAAAACUGGCACCUCGCCCUCCCCCUCGCCACAGCACAGAAACUGCAACGCAACAGAAACAACCAUUUUUUGUGUCCGCUACAUCCUACAUAUGUGAACAAAAACAGAAAAAAGAAACAAAAAAACUGAGAGAAAUCAUAUAUUUAUACUUUUGUACAGAAGAGACAUGAAUUAAGACACUACUGGUGCUCUGUUUACACACAAACAAGAUGUCGGGAGUCAUCUGAACAUGUUUUUGAGCUUCAUCCUCCUCCGACGACGACGAUGACGACGGGAGACGAGGAAUGUCUUUUUAUAGAAAUAAACCUUUUUUUUCACACUCGACACGUCCAAGGAGCACAGAAAGUUUAUGGAAAAGUUCUUUAACAAGCAUCAAGUUCAAACUGUUCAAUGAUUUGUCUCGAUUUUUUUUAAUUUUUUUAUUUCUUUUAUUUUGAUUUGCUGUCAGAUUCCUGAUGAUUGUGUUAAUAGKCUUUUUUGUGUAGUAAUUUAUGUUCUAAAUACCAAUAUUGUACAUAAAAUGACAUAAGAGAGAGAUUGAAGAGAGACUUUAGACUGUUAAAAUAAACAGAGUGGAUCCCUGAA